GUGGAGUCGCGUUCGCAGCCAGGCGGGCCCGAGCUCAGGCCGCUUCUGGCCCCGGGGUGCCCGCGCCCGGCGUGCCGGCGGGCAAAUGGCGGCGUGGGGCAGGCGUGCGUUCCUGCUCCUCGUCGCCCGCUCUCUUGCCGCCGCUUCUGGCGCGCCCGAGGAGUGCACCCGGCGCGCUUCCGCGACUGCCGAGGAGGAUGGCGGCAGUCACCUGCCCGAGGUGUCCAUGCUGCAGCACACGCACGGCCUCAGCCCGCCGUCGAGUGCGGGCCUGGACGCAGCUGGUGCCAGUCCCGCCUCGCUGAGGCCAAACAUCGUCCUCUUCUUGCCCGACGACAUGUACCUCUCAGAGUACGGCCCGAUGGGAGAAGACCAGUCCAUCACCCCCGACUUCUCAUCCAGUCUGCCCAUUCACUCGAGGCCUAUCCCGAACUCUGGGAUGAUGCCCAGGCUCGACGCCAUAAUGCAGACGGGUGCCAUAUUUUCGAGAGCGUAUUCCACCUCGUCCACAUGUACACCUUCGCGGUACUCCAUUAUGACUGGUCGGUACCCGUCCAGAAGCAUAUUUGGACACGGGUUCACCAAGGUGAGAUUGGGCGGCGCAAAAUCUGCAUUUGUGGGCGAGGGUGUCACUUAUUUCGGCCCUGCUGACAUGCAGAAGAAUGUCGCACAAUCAUUGCGAUCUAUGGGAUAUACAACUGGAAUGGUGGGUAAGUGGGGCUUGAAUUCGGAAGCGGAUAAUGCUGAUUACGACACUCCAUACUCGGACCAGACAUCUUUGGUGCAGAGCGCAGGUUUUGACUUUGUUGACGGCCUGUACAUACAGAACCAGAACACGUGCACGGCAGCGAUCUGCGGCCAGUUCUCACACAACAUGGAAUGGAUCACGGAAUCGGCGCUCAGGUUCAUGGACGGCGCGAUGAAGAGCCAGCGGCCGUUCUUCCUGUACUUCGCCGCGACGCUGCCGCACCACCCGCCGGAGUCCUCGGACGCGCUGCUCGGGCUGUUCAACUCCUCGCAGACGCCGGCGGGGGUCCUGCGGCAGGCGCCCGACGUGUCGAGGUAUUGCUCCAGCUGCACUAUGGCGUCGCGCGAGGCGAUCUGGGACGCCUCGGCCGUGUCCACGAACGCGGAGCGUCGGCACGAGCUGGCCGCCCUGCGCUGGGUGGACGUGUCUCUGGGGGUCGUCUACGACUUCCUCUCCGAGAGGGCCGCCCUCGACAGCACCUACCUCGUCAUAUCUACCGACCACGGGCCCGUGAAGGGCACCCUGUACGAGCAGGGGACGCGGGUGCCGUUGUACGUGGUCGGACCUGGCAUCACUGCAAACACGCCAGUCACUGACUUGGUCUCCCACGUGGACAUGGCGCCGACGUUCUUGGAGUGGGCUGGGUGCAAGGCUGAAAGUUGCCCAUUGAUUGGGUCAGGUAGUUUGCUGGAUGGGCUCAGCUGGGCGCCACUGGUGUCUGGAAAGGUGCCACAUUUAGACCGGGAUGCGAUUUAUUUGGAGGCGAUGCUUGAUGUUGCGGUCGUUAACCAGGAUUCCAUGAAGUUCUUGAUGAGACAAACCCCAGAAAUCGAGACAUUGCUCACCGACCCCUCAGACAUCACGAUGGUGGACGAUAGGAUUAUCAACCUCACGAGCUACUCGGCGGCAUACCCAUCCUACGACGAAUCCGAGCAGGUGUAUGAUUUGCUCGGAGACAGCUUGGAGCAGGUGAACUUGGUCUCGGCAAUCGCAAGGGCUAAGCUAGGUGGAGUCGGGAAGUAUUGGGACCGCAUCAGGGCCCACGAAGCCAAGACAUUUGCCCUGACGAGAGGGCAGGAGGUGUGAGCAGCAAGUGUGAGUUGAGGAUGUAGUGAUAAGCAUAUAACUGAAUACGUUCGCAGGUGGCCUACAGCAUACCACCACCGUCGACCCCAAACAGACGAUCAGGAGUAGGAUGAGAGAUUCCUUGCAGACUUGACAGGAGUAGCUUGUCGUACGCUUUUCGAGGUGGUGCAGUGCAGAUGACUUUGUGUGGGCUGCUCGCAGGCGGCCUCAUCCGCCCUUCCGUGACCGUCUCAAUUCGUUCGUGUUUUCAUGAUGUCAGAGGGAGCGAUCCAGGUCAAUGUUUCCCGUUGAUAUGUUACGUGAAAUGGAGUCAUACCGAUUCGAUCAGCAGCAUCAUCAGC